AUGCCCUCGCGGCCAACCUCCCCUCGGAGGUCCACCGACAGCUCCGAGUCGCCCUCAUCGCUCUCUUCCAACCGCCUUCAGUUCCCCUUCCCCCAGCAGGACUGGACCCGAAGGCCAAGCUCCAGCCAAAGCGCGCGCUAUCAGUCAACGCGUCGCGGCUCAACCGCGAGCUCCAUACACUCAAUCGGGGGAGCCUUGGAUACCUCGUCGCAGAGACACAUUGGGCCGGUGACCGAGACAGGCCAGAAUGCCAUUUCAACACUACUGCAGCCCCCAAUCGUCCGCACGGGGCUGCUGCCCUAUACCUCUGCGCCCUCCGCCGUCAAGACUCCUUCCACUAGAGACAUUCCCCCGGUCACCCUAACGAACGUUCCACACGUUGAGCCAUCCGCCUUCAAGCCAUAUCUUUCGCAAGUGGGGUCGUUGUAUGAUGCAUUCCAACGCGCAAAGUUAGACUCGGACAAUGUCGCCGCACAGCUAUUCCGCCGCGACUCCAAGAGGGAUGAGUUCACCGAGAUACUAGAGCGUCGCUUGAAGGACCAGCAGCCUGGGAGACGCCCCUCAUCCCGGCAAGAAUCCAUCAGCUCGCUUUCGCCCGUGGACUCCCCGCGGAGGAGGUCGAGCGCAGGUGCUUCGAGGCGUCAUCCAUCAGCCGUCACGCCGCUGACAACAAUCCCGGAUGUAUACUUUCAGGAGGAUUUCCACCUUGAGAAUCCGCGUACAUUCGAUGUGGUGAGCGAACGGUCGGAGGUUAUUCAGCAGCCGCAGGGCACAGAUGGCUCAAAGGACGCCAAUGGCUCCGCUGAGGCCCCAGCACCCCCGAAGAGGAAAGCUCUUGCGACGAACGCUAUCCUUCAGGAGAAAUUGUCUUGGUACAUGGACACGGUUGAGAUCCACCUGAUUUCCUCAAUAUCAACGGCAUCAACGUCCUUCUUCGCCGCCCUGGGCUCCCUGCGUGAGCUUCAAUCGCAAGCAGCGGAUUCUGUGGCACGCAUCCAAUCGCUACGAGAAGACUUGAACAGGCUUGAUCGGGAUAUGGCCAUCGGCGGUCUGAAAAUUGUGGGCAUGAAGAGACGUAGAGAGAACCUUCGCAAGCUCAGCGAAGCCGUGGAUCAACUCCGGGCAGUCGUUGAUGGAGUUGCACACUGUGAGGACUUGAUAGAAGAUGGGAAGUUGGAAGAUGCUCUGGACCGGCUGGACAUGCUCGAGCUACUCGUCUCUGGAGAGCUCAUGCUCACAGGAUCGGACGAUCAGGAGUGGCUUCCCACCUAUCUUCCACGAGAUCUCAUCGAUCUACGAGGGCUCAAUGCUUUGGAUGGAUUCUCGGACGGCAUGAUGCAGCUGAGAGCACGGGUCGGCAAGGGCUUCGAGUCCAGGUUCCUCGAGGCUCUCAUGGGCGACCUGCGCCGGCACAUCAAGGGCGUACCCAGCCAAGACACGCUUCAACGAUGGGCGUCAGCAUCUCUCCGUACCAGAGGCGAUAGCAGACCGCCUACUGCCCUUCCUGCAUACCACAAAAUGGAGGAAGGGUUUCGUUCGAACAUGCUCGCCAUUCUGAACGGCUUGAGCAGCUCCACAGAUGACGAUGCUGAGUCUACCAUCUCCUCGUCGACACGCGCCAGCAGCAGGACUUCUCAGCAGGAAAAGUCAUCCAUUCUCGCACGGAAUCUUCGCUCACUCGACUGGGAAGAUGCCGAGCAACUCUUCGUUAAUAUCUACACCAAUGUAGCAAUUUCUCCGGGGAUUAGGUCUCCUCCCAAAAGCCCCAACAUUGCGAAUAUGGACGGCUACCUCAGCAGGCCCAUCUCAGACGUUCCGGCUCAGAAUAGUCACUUGCAGGAAGAGCUCAUGCAGUCCUUGGAUAUGUCCAGUCUGUUAGGGCAAUCUGUGGACGCGGCGCAGAGUCAAAUCACGAAGAUCCUCAAAGUCCGCGGGGAGCAGUCGGUUCGGCUGCCGCUACAACGCUUCCUCCGGUACUUCCUCAUCAAUAGACUUCAGAUCAAGCAAUUCGUCACAACAAUGGGACAAUCGGAAAAUCAGACGCUCCGCCAGACCAUGGAUGCCGACAAGUGGGAAGCCAAGGACUUUGGCGACCACGAGACUGAGGUACUGACCAGGAUCCUCGAAGCCAUGCAUACCGAUCCCCCAGAGUGGACGAAGAGCAAGAUGAUCUGGGAGAGUGUCCCCACAACACCGGCGAACGAGACCCACGGUACCAACGGCGAAACCAAUGGGACAGCCAAAGCGAGGAAUGCGGUCAUCAACGAGGAGAAGUACGUACUGGUCAACUGUGCCAUGUUCGCUCUGGAUGGGAUUGAUCGCUUCGAAAACCUCAUCGCGGUCAUUCCCAGUAUUACGUCCGAGGUUGCAGUGACUUUGGUGGACUACCUGCGCACUUUCCAAUCUCGCACUUGCCAACUCAUCCUCGGUGCCGGAGCAAAGGAGAGCGCGGGCUUGAAAAGCAUCACUACGAAGCAUCUUGCUCUAGCGUCGCAAGCGCUCAACUUCAUCAUCGCCCUGAUUCCCUAUCUUCACAAGAUGCGGCGUCUAUACCAAGACCAGCAGACGAAUAUCCACGACAAGCUCAUCGAAAUCAUGACGCAGCGCUUGCAUAUUCACGUCAACGCAAUGAAGAAGUUAGACUUCGAUGCGGUGGCUGAUCAGCAGGUCAGCCAACACAUGGAGACGCUGACUAGAGAAACGAAUACGUUCCAUCGCACACUGAGCAGGCAUUUGCCCGAGCCGUCGGUGCGGUCGAUCAUCACGCCUGUCUUUGCCAGCUACAGGGAGCAGUGGGGCAAGGCUUUCCGGGAAACGCUGGUGCGGACAGGUGCUGGCAAGGCAAGGUUGUUGCGUGACGCGGAGCUCUUUGAGACCAAGCUCAACAAAAUUGAUGGCUUUGGCGACAUCGGCACGUUCAUGACCGACAUUGUCAAGGAGAAGGUGGUCGAGGCAGGCGCCACUACUGAGGCAGGCAAAUAA